GAGCGAGACGGCGUCAUGUCCGACGCGAGAGACGCGUUGUCAGCGUUGUGUGGAUACCUUAAUUCGUUGAUAAACGUAGGUUUAACGCCCGAGCACCUGAGGCUGGCCAAACGUAACGUUCCGGACGAGAGUGUCGCCGAGACUCUGUGGAAUACCCUGCGCGUGCUGAGCUAUCACGCCGCGGGAGAGAAGCGAGGCGACGUAGAUUUCCGAGAUUACGACGCGUCGACGGCGGUCAAGUUGCACCUCGCCUUCUUGCAGUACCCGGUGAUCGAGUUUUACGGCUUGUCGCAAGACGGCGAACGCAACAGGGACGCGUUGAUAACUUUAGCUUGGUUACUGGGAACGCAGGACGUUCUGACUGCCAUUCUUCGAGCGAAACUAGCCGAUGGGGUCUUGGGUGCUGAAUGCUCCCGUGAAGAUCCCCCAAAAGGAAACCGGCGUCGAGAGAGUGGGAGUAAAGCAUCCCGUGAUCGAGGCAUUCCUAUGGUGGUGCUCAGGUAUUCUCCGGAUAGUGUCCAAAAAUGGAGAACAACGGUAAGUGGCAACGGCGAUUCCUGUCGAGCCUCCCUCCGAGCUACUCCCGCUGGAAGAUGUGUCUCGGGGACGCGCCUCUGUCCCUCCCAACUGCUCAUUAAUAAUCAAUCGCGUGUCCGUUAUGUAAAAGAUAAAGUAGUGGACCGGCGAGUGAAUAUGGAAUCGCACGAGUGUUGCGCUCGCUGUCGCGCUAAAUCGAUCGUCCGUAAGAGCGACGACCCCCGCAAACGUUGUCGAUCCGAGCACGCCUCGGAAAAGCGGACGACCUUCUCUCCGAGAAGACAUACACCUGAAUGUCUCAAGUUCCAUAUGACCUCCGAGGAAGACGAACCGAAGAAUGAGAUCACUUCCUGCGUUGACAAAUUCGCCCUGGCGAAGAGAUUGCACGCGGAGAACCUGCAGCACCAACCGCUUCCAGAUCGAGUGGACGAUUCCGUCUUCAGGAAAGGAUGUCGCGUUUGUUCACCCAGUUGCGAACGGGACGCAAAGUGGAAUCCGGAUCGUGCGAAUCCUACGACGAGGAUGGAGAACCGCUUGUUCGGACCCGCGCUCGGCUGCAAGAAACCGGAAACCCGAAUGGACCUGGCAAUCUGCUGGGAGACGCCGAGAGACCCGGUGUACGAGCCGCGAAGACCGACGCAUAUCGACGGUUCCGAGGGCGGCACGGCCCCGGCGAUUUUUGCCAUGAUCCAGCACACGUCGGUGCCGAAAAAUCGCGAGCUUCUGUCUUGUAGCGGGGAGAAGGACAAGUGCAGUUGUGCGAGGCGGGACCAGGCGGAGACAGACUCGAGGAGGAAUCAAUGCUGCUGCGAUCGUUCCUGCAACGAACUCCGUGGUGAACGGCGAUGUGAGAAGCCAUCGAGGUCGAAUUCUGUGCCGCGCAUCACCGAACGCAAAUGCGCGGCCUGUCGUGACGGCGCGGGCGAAACGGAAACGGAAUUCGAGCGGCGAAGAAGAGAUCCGAGACUGAUCCGGUCUGCGGUGGGUGCCGCCCUCGGUCUCGAGGAAAAACGCUGGUCGACAACGGGCGAUGAUGUGGCGGCGCGCAGGAAUGGAUUACCACCGAUGAGAAUGACGGUGCCGCGGCCGAGAACCCCAUUCGCGAGACGCGCCUUCUGCAUUGACACUUUGGCACCGCCAUUCAGCGUGGUGAGCGGCUGUCGGGAUGCCGAUUACCCCGAGCACUGGCGGCUCAUGUCUGUGUAUCAGCAGUCGUACAGGAACCCACAAAAACGAAAGAUUCGCCGCUUCUGAUCAGGUCGGAGAUAAUCCAUAUAAAAGGGGUAACAUAAAACUUGUUUUUAUGGUCGAAAAAUUAAAUGCAGUCCUCGCGCCGUAAACCUUCGAGGUCUGCUAUCCGUUAACGGUUAAAAAACUAAUGAGAUUACUCAUUUCAGUGCCGAGCGAUUAUUGUUAAUUGUUGAUUUGUUACAACAGCGAAAAGAGUUUGAUAAUAUUUUGUUCAAGUUUUAAUCGUUAAAUAAAUAAUUAACUCUCAGUAGGCUGUUUCCCGUAGCAAUAAUAAAAAUGCUGCCGUUGUACGCAAUUAGUAGUAAAAUAGAUGAAAUUAUUGAAAAGUUAUAAAAAUGAACGCAAUUAAUAUAAUA